AUGGAAGCAUGGUAUCAUAGUGUGGGAGUGGCAAUGAUACUAGUGUUGACCACAUGGAUGUUCUUAAAGUACACGUGGUUCGAACCAAAGAAGAUGGAGAAAUCAUUAAGAGCUCAAGGUCUAAAUGGCAGUUCAUACAGAUUCUUGUUUGGCGAUUUGAAAGAAAUGUCUCAUAUGACUCACCAAGCUAAAUCUAAACCCAUGGAUCUUAAAGACGACAUCGUCCCUCGUGUCUCCCCCUUUUAUCUUAAAUCUGUUGCUGCUUUUGGUAAGAUUUUCUUUAUGUGGAUGGGUCCGAAACCGAUGGUGCACAUAGCCGAACCAGAAAUGAUGAGAGAGAUCUUGAGUAACUAUCUUGUAUUCCAGAAGUCAAGAGGAGGAAAUUCGUUAAUGAGGAUGCUAAUGAAAGGACUACUUGACACCGAAGCUCAACAAUGGGUAAAACAUAGAAAAAUUAUCAGUCCUGCAUUUCAUGUGGACAAGCUCAAGUAUAUGGUACCUGCAUUCUACGUUAGCUGCGAUGAGAUGAUAAAAAAAUGGGGCGCUAUGCUAAUCAAAGAACACUCGUGUGAAGUUGACGUUUGGCCAUAUCUCCAAACAAUGACGAACGAUGUAAUUUCACGUGCAGUAUUUGGUAAUAGUUUUGAAGAAGGAAGAAAAAUAUUUGAUCUUCAACAACAGUUGAUAGAGUUAAUUUUAAAGUCUGCACAAUCGAUGUAUAUUCCUGGAUUAAGGUUCUUGCCUACAAAGUCGCAAAGGAAAAUCAAAGACAUUGACCGACAACUGAAAUGUGAGGUAAAGAGUAUUAUUGAUACACGAGUAGCCGCUAUGAAAGCUGGGGAUAAUAGUAACCAUGACCUUCUGGGAUUUCUUUUGAAUUCCAAUUAUCAAGAAAUCAAACAAGACAGGUCUAGGAACUCUGGUCUAACAACAGAAGAAAUCAUUGAAGAAUGCAAGCUUUUCUUUCUUGCAGGGCAAGAGACCACGCUAAAUUUGCUUGUUUGGACUAUGGUUAUGUUAAGUCAACACACGAAUUGGCAAAUACGUGCCAGAAACGAAGUUUUACAAGUUUUCGGUGAUAAUGAACCGGAUUUUGAAGGAUUAAGCCAUCUAAAAGUCGUAAACAUGAUUUUUAAUGAAGUUCUCAGGCUAUAUCCGCCAGCAAUCAAUAUAGAGCGAAAGGUACAUAAAGAAACCAAAUUAGGAGACAUAAUGUUAGCCCCAGGAACUCUGCUUAAAUUAAAUAUUCUUCUUUUGCACCAUGAUCGUGAAAUAUGGGGUAAUGAUGUGAAGGAGUUCAAGCCCGAGCGAUUUUCUGAAGGUGUUUCCAAGGCGACCAAUGGAAAACUAUGUUACCUCCCAUUUGGAGGAGGCCCGCGAUCAUGUAUAGGGCAGAACUUCGCCAUAUUACAAUCAAAAAUGGUACUUGUGAUGAUUCUACGGCAAUUCUCUUUUGAAUUGUCUCCGUCGUAUUCACAUACCCCACAUGUUGUCCUAACUCUUCAACCUCAACUUGGCGCUUACUUGAUUUUGCACAAACAUUAA